GUCUGCUUCGCGGAGAUGCACAAACUGUUCCGAGGGAAGGGAGACAGGCUAUUCGUCCUUUUUUCGGAAAAGGUGCUUCCCAAGGUUCCAUCAGCAAUAUCGACGGCGCGGAAUACCACUGCAACAAGACUGCGGUCCGCAAGGUGAUCUCUGGCGUGGUGGGAGCAGCUUCCAGCGUCACGUCCAUCCAGGUGGCCAACCUGCUGAGGCUGUUCAAGAUCCCGCAGGUCUCGUUCUUCUCGACGAGUCCGGAGCUGAGCAACAAGCAGCGCUUCGAGUUCUUCUCGCGCACCAUCCCUUCCGACCACUACCAAGUGAAAGCCAUGGUAGAGAUAGUGCGUCGCAUGGGAUGGUCUUACAUAUCAAUCAUCUACGAAGAAUCCAAUUACGGCAUCAAGGCGUUCGAAGAGCUGGAGACACUGUUGGCUCGCCACAACAUCUGCAUCGCCGUCAAGGAGAAGCUGGUGAAGGACUCGGGCGUCGCUGAAGAGGCCGGCUACGACAGCAUCGUCAACAAGCUGCUCACCAAGCCGCGAGCCAGGGGUGCCAUCAUCUUCGGCUCGGACCAGGAAGUGGCGGGUGUGAUGCGAGCGGUGCGGCGCUGCAACGCGACCGGGUCCUUCUCGUGGAUCGGCUCGGAUGGCUGGAGCGCUCGCUCGCUCGUAUCGGACGGCAACGAGCUGGAGGUGGAAGGCACGCUGUCCGUGCAACCGCAGGCCAAUCCCGUGCAGGGCUUCCACGACUACUUCCUGUCGCUCACCGUCGAGAACAACCGCCGCAACCCCUGGUUUGUCGAGUUCUGGGAGGACCACUUCCACUGCAAGUACCCCAACAGCUCGCUGACGCCGUACAACUCCAAGUACACGACGCCGUGCACCACCAAGGAGGUGCUGACUCGCAACAACACCGCCUUCGAGGAUCAGCUACAGUUCGUCAGCGACGCUGUUAUGGCCUUCGGAUACGCCUUCCGGGACAUGCACCGAGAGCUGUGCCACGGAAGGCCCGGCUUGUGCGACGCCAUGAAGCCCAUCAAAGGCAUGGAGCUACUCAAGUAUCUCCGGAAGGUCGACUUCGUAGGUCUGAGCGGCGACAAGUUCCGCUUCGAUCCGAACGGGGACGGCCCGGCGCGCUACAACAUCAUCCACUUCAAGCAGCUGCGGCCCGGACACUUCAAGUGGGUGCGCGUCGGCGAGUACAAGGAGGGAGAGCUGCGACUCAACAUGUCAGAGAUCCAGUUCAAGCUGGGACACCCGCAGCCGCCGGAGUCGGUGUGCUCGCUGCCGUGCGAGAGCGGCCAGGCCAAGAAGUACGUGGAGGGCGAGAGCUGCUGCUGGCACUGCUUCAACUGCACGCAGUACCAGAUCCGGCACCCGACGGACGAGACGCAGUGCCUGAUGUGCCCGCUGGGCACGACCCCCGACACGGCGCGCACGCGCUGCCGCGACAUCCCCGAGGUGUUCCUGCGCGCCAGCAGCGGCUGGGCCAUCGGCGCCAUGUCGCUGUCCGCCACGGGCGUCCUCGUCACGCUCUUCGUCGCCGGCGUCUUCGCGCGCCACAACGACACGCCCGUGGUGCGCGCCUCGGGCCGCGAGCUCAGUUACGUCCUGCUCACAGGCAUCCUGCUGUGCUACAGCGUGACGUUCGCGCUGGUGCUGCGGCCGACAGACGUGGUGUGCGGCGUGCAGCGCUUCGGCGCGGGCUUCUGCUUCACCGUGGUGUACGCGGCGCUGCUCACCAAAACCAACCGCAUCGCGCGCAUCUUCCACGCGGGCAAGCGCUCGGCGCGCAGGCCCUCCUUCAUCUCUCCGCGCUCACAGCUCUGCAUCUGCAGCGCCCUCGUCGGCGUGCAGGUUCUGAUCAACGGCGUGUGGAUCCUGGUGUCGCCGCCGCGCGCCGUGCACCACUACCCGACGCGCGAGGACAACCACCUGGUGUGCUCGUCGCACAUCGACGCCUCCUACAUGAUCGCCUUCGGCUACCCCAUCGUGCUCAUCAUCGUCUGCACCGUGUACGCCGUGCUCACGCGCAAGAUACCCGAGGCUUUCAACGAGUCCAAGCACAUCGGUUUCACAAUGUACACGACGUGCGUGAUCUGGCUGGCGUUUGUGCCGCUCUACUUCGGUACCAGCAGCCACGUGCCGCUGCGCAUCACCAGCAUGUCCGUCACCAUCAGCUUGUCGGCUAGCGUCACGCUUGCCUGCCUCUUCUCGCCUAAACUCUACAUUAUCAUCGUGCACCCUGAGCGCAACGUUCGCCAGAGCAUGAUGCCGGUGCGGUACAGCGCCAAGAGCCCCGCCGUCACGGGAACCACGCAGACAGGCAGCAUGAUGGCCGCCGUCGUCUGCGGCCAGAAGCCGCCGAUGCACCCGACGGGCAUCUCAUCGCAGACCACCGACUCCGGUAUGGAGCUGGAACUGCGUGAAGACGUGGUUCACCAGCGCCGACCAGUGGUGCACGGCUGCGUGCUGCUGCUGGUGAACCGCUCGACUCAGACAGAGCCGCCACCCGCUGAGCCGCAGACGCAGCCCCAGCAGCAGGAGCAGCAGGUGCAGACCCAGGCGGUGGCCGCGGAGCACGGCAGCAGCAACGGC